GGUGGGAGAACAUACUGUUGCUUGUGGAUGUUAUAUGAUAGGUUGUUAGGCUGGACUCACCAACUAAGCUGGAACAUGUUCUGGAAUAUAUGUGAAAUUCUGCUCUAAAUGGCCUGUUCCUUUAUGUUCUGAAGCUUGGAUAUAAUGAUUAGUUUUUUUGUAGACUUUGUACAGAUGCUGCAGACAAGGGCUGUAUGCCUUCAUUGUGAUUUUGAUCAUUUUGUGAUGAUUUCUUUGUAACAGCCAUGUCCCCUAGUUGUCUGAACAUAAUUGCUCAUUCAUACUAUUCUGUUAAUUAGAUUGAGUUGUUCGGGCUAACAUUGCCUGAACUAUUUUCGUGAAGGUUUCUCAAGCACUUAGUUUCUUUGCUGAAGAUGGUGAAGAUUAAUCCAAACAGUAAGGCAUACAAUGAAGGCAUCCAAGUGGGAGAUUAUGUGGAGAGUAUAAAUGGACAGAAAACAAAAGGACUAGAACAUCAAAGUGCUCAACAACUCAUAAAGACAGCCACAGACCAGUUGGUAUUGGAACUUACACGGGUUGGUUCCAAACCAAAUGGUACAAUGAAUGGUGACAUAAACAACCACAUAGACCAUGAAUUGGAGAUUUUGAACUCGGGAAGAAACAGAGAACCAUUUGUUCACGAUGUUGCUAGUGAGCAUCACCAUGGUGAUGACCUGCCUACUGGUUACCAUGGUCAUGGUUACCUAGGAAUUCAAGGUAACCCAGUGCCUGGUAACCAGGCUGUCAGUAACCAUAGCAACAGAAAACCAGGCUCAAGUGCAGUCUGGACACCAAAGGGGGAUAACAGACCUACAAAGUCAUACAAGCCUGUGUCUUUCACUCACCAACAGUUGUCACCAUCCUCACACACUAAACCAAUGACAGUCCCUGUAAACACAAAGAAAGUAAAGUCUCGGACGGCGCCAGCUAGUCCGGUUGUCCAGCGUCGGUUUAGGACGGCACCAACAAGUCCUGUAAUGUUUCAGUCUGUGCUCAAAAUACCAGCACUGUCGCCAAGAUCUACAAGUAAACACCCUGAUGACUCUGAACUAUACAGAAGCCAGCAGCAGACUUUUGGAGGAGUGUCUGCUGCAGCCAAAAAUGUAAGUGCUGACAGUCAUGCAUGGUCAUUGCCAAUAAAGGUUGAGUCUCACAAAAAUCAAGCAAUUAAUUCGCCACAGUCUCAAGGUUACAGCCUUGAUUCACCAAGGUCACAUGAUUCUCGAAGGUCGCAGCCUCAAAACAUAUUCCCUCCACCCAGAGAUUUCGCCUCAGGUCAUAGUGACCUUCCAAGAGAAAUUCCUGUUCUUUUUGAUGGAAUAAAUGAAGGUCUUAGAAGUCUAAGGCAAGUCCCUGUUGAAGUUGAUCAAGGUCAGAGUGCUGAUUUAGCCAGGUCAGUUAAUAUUGAGAGGAGUCCAAUACAGCGUGCACUUCUGCGUGAACAAUUCACUUCAACAGAUGGACAGCAGAGACAGCAGUCUCCUGGUCAGUUGUCUAGUUCUCCAAGGCGAGAAAUACCCAUUCAAAUAAAAAGAGGACCUCUUACCUCACAAACAUCUCUAGAAAGUGACUCUAAACCUGAUUCACCGCGACAAAUCCGGAUUGAGCGGGAUAAAAAGAAAGCUGAUUUAGAAAAACGUAGAAUAGAUCUUGAAAGAGACAUAAAUAAUGUAAUAUAUGAUGCAAUAAGGCAAGUUCCAAUAUAUGACAAACAAACAAAACAGGAAAUAAAGCCUUCAGCAUUUGGUAAGUACCCAGAUAUUGAUCCACCCCCAUAUGGGGCACAACAGAGUGAAUACAUUAUCCCAACAAAAGUGGAAUCUCAGAGAGAAAAACGUGUGGAAGAAGCUAUACAACAUCAGCUGGAAGCAGAUAAAAAGGACACCUUACAAAAGAAAUGGGAAGAAAUGCGCCAAGAUGAAAGGUCCUAUGCUACUCUGCCAGUUAAGAAAAAAACACCAAAUGAUCUAUCAGCCAAACAAAUACUCGAAAGUGAAGCAGGAAGCUAUUCUACAUUACCUUCAUUUAGGCAUAAAGUUAGAAGAAGUGGAAGUCCAAAACUGCAGCGCAACAUAAUUCAUGAUGAUGAUACCUGUUUUAGUGAUAUCGAAGGUGGGAGGGGUAAAGCUCAACCAUCAUGGAGACCUAUGCAUUCUCCUUUACAAUCUAGGCAUGUAUGGAAACCUAAUAUGCAUUCUGCCCAGGCACCAACUGCAGCCUGGGCACCAGCAGCUUCUCCUCAUCAACAGAGGAGGGGUCCAGACAUGUCUUGUGCUCCUUUGUCUAGGUCACUAUCAGAAAGUCAAGGCCAGUCUCAUCCUAAAGUUCAAGAUGAGUUUGAAGCAAGACCACAGCAGGGAAGAGGCUUCAUACCCAUUCAGAUUCACCAUGAACAGAAACCAAGAAAAGUUGGUGACACUAGUUACGAUGACGAAAAGGAUUCAAGUUUGUCAAGUUUUGACACUUUUGAUAUGUCUUCUGAAGGGAAGAUAAAUGGUACCCAGCCUCCAGUAAAAUCCAGUCCUAAGUCAGGUGUGUGGAAGCCUGGUGUACAACCUUCUCCAACAGCCCCUGACUCCACUGAGAAGUCCCACAGGGAGGGGAAAGACUCUCCCUCACUAAAAGAUAUACCACAGAGGUGGACCCCAGGAGGACCAGCAAGUUCAUCCCCCAAAGGGUACAGACCUGUUAAGACAGACUUCUCAAAGGCUCCUAGCAAUAAAUCUGCAAUAUCUGCCCCAGAAUCAUUCAGCCAGCCAGCUCCCAAGUCAGAGGAGAGUUACAGUUGGAAACCGACACAAAGAGUCGCACCCACUGCCUCAGAAUCUCUACCCACAAGUGCUUUUUCAUAUCAGCCAACAUCACCAUCACAUCAACAUGAGAAUAUCACCCACACUCAACAAGACUUGCAGACUUCAUCACCAUCCAAACUAGAAACAAGUACUUCAUUGUCUCAGCUACCAGUUCAGAAUGGUGUAGAUCACCAUGUCUCAACAAGUAUGUUACAUUUGAAAGAUGAACCCAGCCGACUGCCACCAUCACAGAGUCCUUAUAUCACACUUCUUCAGAAAAACAGAGAUGAUGAAGAAGUACUCUAUUAUACUGGAGGUAGAAAUGUGAACCAAAGUGAAACAAUUCCUCAAGAGAAUGGUUACCCAAAAGGUAUAGAGUUUGUUGGAGAUCCUAUCUUAGUCACAGAGGAGGGCAAAAUUCCUAAAGGUGCAAUAUAUCUGGGUAAAUCCGAAUCAAUGGAGGGUGAUGUGAAACACACAGACACCUAUUAUGCAGUCCCUUCAGACGAGAAACCAAGUACUGUGACCACAACAAAGGUCAGCAGUCCGAAACGUUAUGAGGAUAUUGGACCUAUAGAUGAGGAAAGUGGCAUGCCCCUCUCAUUCAGAAAGAAUGUUGAGGAAGAGAAACAACAUGAUUGGUAUAAACAGAUGUAUAGAAGUUUACACAGAACAAAGAAAAAAGAAGCAACAAACAACUAUAAGCCGACAUACCAGUGGCCUGAUGAUGGUGACAGAUCAGACACAAAGUCAGUUGAUGCUACAAAUACAGAAACAUCAGCAAGUGAAUCUUUUACAAAGUCAGAAGAAUCCAAGUCCUACUUUGCUCUAGCAUCACCAAAAAGUACAGGAGCUUUGUCACCAAGAAGUACAGAUUUGUCAUCGAAAUGUUCCAAACUUUCACCCUCAUCACCUAAAAGUGCAGAUUUUUCUUCUAAAAGUUCAGAUUUUUCAUCAAAGAAUGGUGAAAAAUCAUCCUCAGGUUCACACUACAAGCCACACAGUGCAAUUAAUGACACUUCUAAGACAAAAUCAGACAAGAGUAAAUUCUCAUUAUCAAGUGUAUCUGAGGUGUUAAGAAGGGAUGCAAAGUUUCCUAGUGGAAAACAAAAUAAAUCGGAUGAUGUUUUUUUGGAGAGCAAAGGGAGCAAGUCGGAUGACGAGCAAGAUAUUAACCCAUACAGACCUAGUUAUGAGAAGCCAUCAAGGUCUGUGAGAGGUGACAUUAACUCUGGUUACCUCUCAGAACCAGAAUACCGAUCAAAGAUGAGAAGUAAAAGUACAUCAAAUGUCAGCAGAACAGCUCGGGCUUUAGAUAUAGGCACAUUACCAACUGACUUGGAAGAAUUCAUCAAAUAUCUUGAUGAAUGGUCACCACCAAGUGCAAGGUCAACAUUAGAAGUGUACCGAAACCAGCCAAGGAGUAUUGUUGACUACGAGCCAGGCUUCUCAUCAAUAGCAUUCAGAGAAUCAAAAACACAACGCUCAGACAGACCUAAGUCCUACACCGGACUUUCCCCUGCUGAACGAGAAAAACUUGCCAAGAAGAGAAGUCGGUCACUUAGAAAAUAUAAGGCAGGAUCUCACAACCCACCACCAGAACUACCAGGCCAGUACAGUACAUAUACUGAAGGCAGACAGCGUUUUGUGUCAGAACCGAGUAUUAAUAAUCAUGACAACACUGAUGAAAUCGAUGCCUACAAAAAAAUACAAAAAGGUGGAGAAAUCCCAAUAAAAGGGUUACAGAAACCUGCACCCGAGAAAAGCCCAAACAAUAUCCAGAGCCAGAAGAAUUCCUCAAAUGAACCAAUCAAAACGUCUGAGACAAAUCAUCAGAAAAUCACAAAAUCCCACACUAACCAUCUGCAAUCCCAGCAAAUUGCAAAGCACGACACAAAUGAUAAAUCAGUAUACAGGAAAAAUGGUCCCCUAUUAUCUGGCUAUGUGCCCAGUCCCCCUGUUCGAAACCCAUUACGGAUUUCUAUUCCAAGUUCAAAACCUUCCCGUCCUCGCAGGAGCACUCAAUCAGCAGCAGAGCAGCUGGGGGUUAAAAGUCCGCCACCGGUGCGCGUCAAUGGAGUUGAUGAGGAAAUAAAUGAUGGCAGUGCCUUCAGACAUCUGACAACAGAUGAGUUACGAAGUCAGCAUAGACCGAGCGACAAAGAUCAGCGACGAAAGGAAGAAGAGGAAGCAUACAGAAAAAGAAGACUUGAACAAAUUUAUGAGGAGGAAAGGCGAAAAAAGCUGGUACAACAGCAAGCAGAUAUUGAGUCUCGUAAACACUCGGACUUCCUCUUCCAACCCACCAAUCAACAACAAGUACCAUCGCAGAAAUCUCCUAUUCCCAGUGACAGGUUUGAAUAUGGAACGGUACCUGAGGAGCGUCGGCGAGGAUUCAAGAUCCAUGGGAAAGCCAGAGGACUGUACAACUUUACAGCUCAGAAUUCAAGAGAGCUGCCAUUCAGGAAGGGUGACAUUGUUUACCUGAUACGGCAGAUUGACUCAAACUGGUUUGAGGGUGAGAAGAAUGGCCGUGUUGGUAUAUUUCCAGUAAACUAUGUGGAGGUACUCACGUCAAUUGAGGAGGCAUCAUCAGCUGCCCAGCAGUCAGAGGGACAAGCUAGAGCAAAGUACAACUUUAACUCACAGACUUCUGUAGAGCUGCCCCUGAGAAAGGGCGAGAUUGUGACAUUGUUACGUAAUGUAGACGAGAAUUGGUUUGAGGGUCGUUUUGGAAACCGGCAAGGAAUUUUUCCUGUAGCUUAUGUAGAAGUCCUUCAGGAACCAUGCACACCCCUUGUUACCCCAGCUCCCUCAGUGAUUACUACACCUAUGACUGGAAGAGGCACACCAGAGAUGUUGUCACCAGUCAGUUAUGAUGGAGCACCAACCCCACCCCCACAGCCAUCCCCAGGGGCAUUCAGGUCACAGUCAGAUUACCUUGGAAACAGAUACGCAGCAAGUCCAAGAGAUCAACAUUUGCUCCAGCAACAACAGGAAAAUAUAAUAACGUCGCCCCGAAAUGAACAUAUAUCGGCACAGAGAUUUGAUGGAGUACAAUCUCAAAAACAUUAUGAUUACUCUUCCUCAGCGAGACAUAUAAAUGGAGGUUAUUCUUCUUUGCCACAGCAAAGUUACAACGACUUUUCAGUGCGUAGUAGGCAAAGUCCACAACAAAUUAGAAAAGACAAUCCGCCAUCUUUGAAUAUUACAGCAAAAUCAGUGUCUACUCCAAAUAUAAACAUGAACAUUAGCAGCAGAAAUCAUAGUAAAGGUAACAGACAAGACGAAGAUUUAGCUAUAGCUAGGUAUCGAGCAAUCUAUGCAUAUAAACCUCAGAAUGAAGAUGAACUUGAAUUGUUGGAAGGUGACGAGAUUUAUGUAAUGGAGAAGUGUGAUGAUGGCUGGUAUGUCGGAACGUCGGGUCGAACUGGAAUGUUUGGUACCUUCCCCGGCAACUAUGUCACUCGAUCACAAUAAGUCAUGCUUUUAUUAUAGGUAGAGAGCAUAAGUAACCAGUAGUGCCAAUCUUGCAGUCAUGUACAGACUGUGUUGUACAUAACGUGUAUAUAUGCUGUGUAUAUAGCUGUGUAGAUAGUGAUGUUUAUUAGAUGUUCUCAACUUUACUGGUUUCUGCAUACAGACAGAACAUCGCCAAACUCAAAUGAUUUUAGUUUGUCAAGUUUGAACAAAAGUUAAUUCAUGUAAUCUCUGGUGAAUGACUAAACAUACAUUGUAGUUGCAUUAUGAAUAUCACCAAUGUACAAUAAACUGGGCUGGGGCUAUGCAUAGAAAUAUUGUGCUACUUUCAAGAAUGUUAUCAAACGAAACUUUCCUUAAUGAUCUAUAAGUCUGUUUUUCUACUUAUGAAAAGAAUAUUUCACAUUAAUUAUUAUAAUCCCACAAAUCAAGUUUUUGGGGACUUUGUUCUAAUUAUUUUGUCCCCGUCUUGAAACAUUUUGGACAAUGACCUUGACUUAAGUGUAAAUUGAUACAAAAAUAGACAACCAAAACGAGGAAAUGAAGAGCACUAUAACCAGUGGUAAUUACCUCGCUUUAUGUACUUCAUUUUUCACAUUUUUAGCUCACCUGUCACAAAGUGACAAGGUGAGCUUUUGUGAUCGCGCGGUGUCCGUCGUCCGUCGUCCGUCCGUGCGUCCGUAAACUUUUGCUUGUGACCACUCUAGAGGUCACAUUUUUCAUGGGAUCUUUAUGAAAGUUAGUCAGAAUGUUCAUCUUGAUGAUAUCUAGGUCAAGUUCGAAACUGGGUCACGUGCCUUCAAAAACUAGGUCAGUAGGUCUAAAAAUAGAAAAACCUUGUGACCUCUCUAGAGGCCAUAUAUUUCAUAAGAGCUUCAUGAAAAUUGGUCAGAAUGUUCACCUUGAUGAUAUCUAGGUCAAGUUCGAAACUGGGUCACGUGGGUUCAAAAACUAGGUCAGUAGGUCUAAAAAUAGAAAAACCUUGUGACCUCUCUAGAGGCCAUAUUUUUCAUGAGAUCUUCAUGAAUAUUGGUCAGAAUGUUUACCUUGAUGAUAUCUAGGUCAAGUUCGAAACUGGGUCACGUAGGGUCAAAAACUAGAUCAUUAGGUCUAAAAAUAGAAAAACCUUGUGACCUCUCUAGAGGCCAUAUUUCUCAAUGGAUCUUCAUGAAAAUUGGUGAGAAUGUUCACCUUGAUGAUAUCUAGGUCAAGUUCGAAACUGGGUCACGUGGGGUUAAAAACUAGGUCAGUAGAUCUAAAAAUAGAAAAACCUUGUGACCUCUCUAGAGGCCAUAUUUUUCAUGAGAUCUUCAUGAAUAUUGGUCAGAAUGUUCACCUUGAUGAUAUCUAGGUCAAGUUCGAAACUGGGUCAUGUGGGGUCAAAAACUAGGUCAGAAGAUCUAAAAAUAGAAAAACCUUGUGACCUCUCUAGAGGCCAUAUUUCUCAAUGGAUCUUCAUGAAAAUUGGUGAGAAUGUUCACCUUGAUGAUAUCUAGGUCAAGUUCGAAACUGGGUCACGUGUGGUCAAAAACUAGGUCAGUAGGUCUAAAAAUAGGAAAACCUUGUGACCUCUCUAGAGGCGAUAUUUUUCAAUGGAUCUUCAUGAAAAUUGGUCAGAAUGUUUACCUUGAAGAUAUCUAGGUCAAGUUCGAAACUGGGUCACGUGGGUUUAAAAACUAGGUCAGUAGAUCUAAAAAUAGAAAAACCUUGUGACCUCUCUAGAGGCCAUAUUUUUCAUGAGAUCUUCAUGAUUAUUGGUCAGAAUGUUCACCUUGAUGAUAUCUAAGUCAAGUUCGAAACUGGGUCACGUGGGGUUAAAAACUAGGUCAGUAGGUCUAAAAAUAGAAAAAACCUUGUGACCUCUCUAGAGGCCAUAUUUCUCAACGGAUCUUCAUGAAAAUUGGUGAGAAUGUUCAGCUUGAUGAUAUCUAGGUCAGGUUUGUAACUGGGUCAUGUGCGGUCAAAAACUAGGUCAGUAGGUCGAAAAAUAGAAAAACCUUGUGACCUCUCUAGAGGCCAUAUUUUUCAUGAGAUCUUCAUGAAAAUUGGUGAGAAUGUUCACCUUGAUGAUAUCUAGGUCAAGUUUAAAAGUGGGUCACGUGCCUUCAAAAACUAGGCCAUUAGGUCAAAUAAUAGAAAAACCUUGUGACCUCUCUAGAGGCCAUAUUUUUCAAUGGAUCUUCAUGAAAAUUGGUCAGAAUUUUUUAUCUUGAUGAUAUCUAGGUCACAUGUGCUCAAAAACAAGGUCACUAUGUCAAAUAAUAGAAAUAAUGACGUCAUACUCAGUUCAACACUGGGUCAUGUGGGGAUAGGUGAGCGAUUCAGGACCAUCAUGGUCCUCUUGUUUAACAUUUAAGUCCAUGUAUUCCAAUGUCAGAUGGAAAUUUAAUUUAAUUUGGCACAAUGGAAGAGAACAUUGAAACAAAUUGAAGAUCAUCAGAGGCAUAGCUCUUGCAUGAUUUUUUUGUACUGAAGUUUUAUAUAUAAAAAACCAUACUACAUGUACUUAGGAAAAUAACUUUUAAUUUGAUGUUACAAGAUACAGUGUUAGAUGGUAGUGAGAGGAACAGUAACUCUGCCUGAAAUGAUUAUCUCUUUUUAUAUCUUUUUUAUAAGAUAAUUAUUUUGACUUUACUGAAUGAAAUUUGAUGUUAUUUGAUACAAUUAUGCAUAAGAAAGAGAGAAACUUUAGAACCCAAAACACUUCCUUUAAUAGGUAAAAAAAUCGUCUACUUUAAUUUCUCACAUUUUGGUCCCAACAAAAAAAAAUCAGUCUCUGAAAUAAAUCUGAUGAAACAAGAUAGAAUGAUCAAUGGUGAAAGAAGAAGUGCAUAGGGCAAGAGCAAUAACUCUUGUCAUAAAUAGUUAUAAAAUUAUUAUCUUUUUGUAUUUUUUUUUCUCACGAGCCACUCUAGCAGUUUUUCAUGUAACCAAGAAAUGCUAACUUUUAAAAAUUUUAUACAAAUUCUAGUGAAAAUAAUACCUUAUAGACUUCACAUAAAAGUACACAAGUAAUCUGUACAUCCUUUUAAAUCAGAAAUAGAAGUCUUGCUUCUGAACAGAGUUUAUUGUGUCGUGCCUAUUGGAUAGAGUUACACACAUGAAUAAGAUGGCACUGUUUUAUGUAUUUUGUAUUUAGAGAAUUAAGGAAUGUAUUGGAACCUAUACUAUUUUCUACAUUUUAUGGUUAUUCUUGUUUUAAAGUAGUCACUAGUUAAUACAUUAGCAUAAUCACUUAAACUGUGUACGUCAGUUUUAAUGCAUUUAUUUAUUUGUGUAUGUAACAUGUAAAUUUGAUUGACAAUGUUUCAUGUAUGAAAUGAAUGAGGUCAAAUAGUUAUCUUGUGAACAAAAUUUGAACUUAUGUUUUUGUGUUAUUUAGUAGAAUUUUGUAGCAUUUAUGAAUUGAUUACUUCUAGUCACUAUGUAAUGUAAGAAGGUGACUGAUGUUUUGUUAGGGUUUUUUGUUUGUUUUUGUUUUGUUUGCUAUAGUUUGCUAUAUCAUUAGGGUUAGUGUGAACAUUUUUACAUGUUCUUGUAACUCACCUGAACCAAGGUUCACAGGUGAGCUAUUGUGAUUUUGCUGUUUACUUUUAGAUUCAAUGACUUGUUCUUUUGUUCCUUUAAGUUGUUUCAUCCAUUUCACCACAGCGUACAACAACCUUAACUCUUUCUUGGAAAAAAUUUCAAUUAUCUCCCUUGUUGGUCGUUUUAGAAUAUUUUGAUUUUGUCUGAUCGUAUCUUUGCAACAAUUGAAGGGAAUUGAAAGAAUUUUGUCACAAUGAUAGAAGGCAAUGAGAAGAAGUAUGAAGUAUAUAGCCUAACAUUCUUAACUCUGUCGUGAAUACUAGUAAUUAUUUUAUUAUUUCAAAUAUUUCUGUACAGACUCUUUGCAAAUACUGAAAGAAUUGAUAUGUUGAAUAUUGGAAGUGCAAUAUUUCAGCUUGCUAAAUUAUUCAUUUUAACUCAGCAGCAGGGGUAUAUGACUGCCUCUGAAGACUGCUUGUGUUCAAAAUUAAAAAUUCUCCAAAAGUGCAAGGCCAAGAUACAAGAUACUUUUAGCCCACCAUCAUCAGAUGGUGGGCUAUUCAAAUCACUCUGCGUCCGUGGUCCAUCCGUCCGUCAGUCCAUCCGUCCAUUAACAAUUUCUCGUUAUCGCAUCUCAGAAACUAAUGGGGGGAUUUUGACCAAACUUUGUCAGAAUGAUGUAUUGGUACUCUAGUUGUGUCCCCCUGAAAAUCAGACUGGUUCAACAAUUAUUGAGUGAGUUAUGGCCCUUUGUUUAUUUUUAGCUCACCUGAGCAUGAAGUGCUCAAAGGUGAGCUUUAGUGAUCGCCCUGUGUCCGUCCGUCCGUCGUCAACAAUUUGACUGUUAACACUCUAGAGGUCACAUUUUUGGCCCAAUCUUAAUGAAACUUGGUCAGAAUGUUACCCUCAAUAAAAUCUUGGACUAGUUCAAUAUUGGGUCAUCUGGGUCAAAAACUAGGUCACCAGGUCAAAUCAAAGGAAAAGCUUGUUAACACUCUAGAGGUCACAAUUUUGGCCCAAUCUUAAUGAAACUUGGUCAGAAUGUUACCCUCAAUAAAAUCUAGGACGAAUUCGAUAUUGGGUAAUCUGGGGUCAAAAAUUAGGUCACCAGGUCAAAUCAAAGGAAAAGCUUGUUAACACUCUAGAGGUCACAAUUUUGGUCCAAUCUUAAUGAAACUUGAUCAGAGUAUUAACCUCAAUAAAGUAUUGGACGAGUUCGAUAUUGGGUCAUCUGGGAUCAAAAACUAGGUCACCAGGUCAAAUCAAAGGAAAAGCUUGUUAACACUGUAGAGGCCGCAUUUAUGGCUAUAUCUUCAUGAAACUUGGUCAGAAUGUUAAUAUUGAUGAUCUUAAGGUUCAGUUUGAAUCUGGGUCAUGUAGGAUCAAAAAUUAGGUCACCAGGUCAAAUCAAAGGAAAAGUUAGUUUACACUGUAGAGGCCACAUUUAUGAUCAUAUCUUAAUGAAACUUGGUCAAAAUGUUAAUCUUGAUGAUCUAUAGCUCAAGUUCAAAUCUGGGUUAAGUGGGGUCAAAAACUAGGUCACCAGGUCAAAUCAAAGGAAAAGCUUGUUAACACUCUAGAGGCCAUAUUUAUGACAGUAUCUUCAUGAAACUUAGUCAGAAUGUUAAACUUGGUGAUCUUUAGGUCAAGUUCAAAUCUGGGUCAUGUCGGGUCAAAAACUAGGUCACCAGGUCAAAUCAAAGGAAAAGCUAGUUAACAUUUUAGAGGCCACAUUUAUGACCAUAUCUUAAUGAAACUUGGUCAGAAUAUUAAUCUUGAUGAUCUUUAGGUCAAGUUAAAAUCUGGGUCAGGUGUGGUCAAAAACUAGGUCACUAGGUCAAAUCAAAGGAAAAGCUUGUCAACACUGUAGAGGCCACGUUUAUGACUGUAUCUUCAUGAAACUUAGUCAGAAUGUUAAACUUGAUAAUCUUUAUGUCAAGUUCGAAUCUGGGUCAUGUCGGGUCAAAAACUAGGUCACGGGGUCAAAUCAAAGGAAUAGCUAGUUAACACUUUAGAGGCCACAUUUAUGACCAUAUCUUAAUGAAACUUGGUCAGAAUGUUAAUCUUGAUGAUCUUUAGGUCAGUAGGUCAGGUGAGCGAUACAGGGCCUUCAUGGCCCUCUUGUUAUAAUUUACAUAGAUUUAUAUAGGGAAAAAUUUUGAAAAUCUUCUUGUCCAAAACCACAGAGCCUAGGGCUUUGAUAUUUGGUAUGAAGCAUCAUCUAGUGGUCCUCUACCAAGAUAAUUCAAAUAAUAUCCCUGGGGUCAAAUAUGGCCCCUCCCCGGGGUCAUAUAGUUUAUAUAGACUUAUAUAGGGAAAAGCUUUGAAAAACCUCUUGUCCAAAACCACAGGGCCUAGGGCUUUGAUAUUUUGCAUGUGACAUCAUCUAGUGGUCUUCUACUAAGAUUGUUCAAAUUAUCCCCCUAGGGUCAAAUAUGGCCCCGCCCUGGGGGUCACAUGGUUUAUAUUGACUUAUAUAGGGAAAAACUUUGAAAAUCUUCUUGUCCAAACCACAAAGCCUGGGGCUUUGAUAUUUGUUAUGUGGCAUCAUCUAGUGAUUCUCUACCAAGUUUGUUCAAAUUAUCCCCCUAGGGUCAAAUAUGGCCCCGCCCCCGGGGGUCACAUGGUUCAUAUAGACUUAUAUAGGGAAAAGCUUUUAAAAUCUUCUUGUCAAUAACCUACAACAUUCAAAUUUGGACCACAUGUAUAGUUUUGAUUGGCAAGAUGAACAUUGACAUGAGUUGACCUUGAUUUUGACCUAGUGACCUACUUUCACAUUUCUGUAGCUACAGCCUUCAAAUUUGGACCACGUGCAUAGUUUUGUGCACCGGAAAAAACUUUGACCUUGACAUUGACCUAGUGACCUACUUUCACAUUUUUGAAAGUACAGGCUUCAAGUUUGGACCACAUGCAUAGUUUUGUGUUCCGAAAUGAAAUUUGACCUUGAUUUUGACCUAGUGACCUACUUUCACAUUUCUCAAGCUACAGCCUUCAAAUUUGGACCACAUGCAUAGUUUUGUGUACCGAAAAAAACCUUGACAUUGACCUAGUGACCUGCUUUCACAUUUCUCAAGCUACAACCUUCAAAUUUGGACCACUUGCGUAGUUUUGUGUACCGAAAAAACUUUGACCUUGACCUAGUGACCUACUUGCACAUUUUUGAAGGUACAGGCUUCAAAUUUGGACCACAUGCAUAGUUUUGUGUUCCGAAAUGAAAUUUGACCUUGAUUUUGACCUAGUGACCUACUUUCACAUUUCUCAAGUUACAGCCUUCAAAUUUGGACCACAUGCAUAGUUUUGUGUACCGAAAUGAAUUUUGAUCUUGAGAUUGACCUAGUGACCUACUUGCUCAUUUCUCAAGCUUAGGCUUCAAAUUUGAAGCACAUGCAUAGUUUUGUAUACCGAAAUGAACAUUGACCUUGAAAUUGAUCUUGUGACCUACUUCCACAUUUCUCAAGCUACAGCUUUCAAAUUUGAACCACAUGUUUGGACCACAUGCACAGUGAUGUGUACUGAAAUGAAAUUUGACCUUGAUUUUGACCUUGAGCUAGUCUUGAGAUUUGGAACAAUCAAAAAUGGCUCAAUGGUGGGCACCAAGAUCACUCUGUGAUCUCUUGUACACCUAGCAUUGCCAUGUGAUAUAUCAAAUUUGCUCAGGUCAGAAUUCAUUUGACUUUUAACAGGAACUUUUAAAAUUUUAUACAAAAGUGGAAGGCUUUACCAGUACACACAAAAUACAGUAACUGUACAUUUAACCAAGAAAUCCUACAUUAUCAGAUGAUUUCCUCCUCAGGUGUGCCACUUAGGUUCAUUUUUGCCUUUUUUAAGAUUUCAUGUAGAAAAUGUAAAGACAUGUAAAUUAAUAGUUUGAAUUCGGAAAAUUGUUAAGGAUCUAUACGACCAUGAAUUUUUGUUAAAGAAAGUAAUCUAUAAAAUCAGAAUUUCAUUAAAUCUUUCACACUAAAUCUCAUUUUAUUCCCUGGCAAAUACUCAUUAUAUAUAAACAAUGAUGUUCUUAUUUAUUGAUAUGUUAUUGGCUUUUCUCAUAGUUUAAGUCCUUUAAGUUAAUGCUAAAAUUGUAAAUCAUAUCAUUAUUUAUAUAUCCAACAUAAUUAUGUUUUCACUUUUUACAGCAGGUGGUUGGACGGGAUGUACUGUUGUUGUUAUUAUGUUGGAUUAAAAGCAGAUUUAUUCAGGUUGAGUUCAAUAGCCAGCUAAUUGGACAAGUAUUGAAACGAUUCUGGCUCUUGACUUCAUCAAAAUUGUUGAGGAGGGUGUAGGAGGUUGGGGGUGGAAUUACUUCAAUGAUGUGAAGUGGACACAAGAAUGUAGACAUUUUAUGUUUUUCUCAGUCAAAGUAGAAUGACUACUGAAGCCAUACAGAAGUAAGGCAAGUUUUGUAAUUGAUGUAGAAAACAUUCGUAAUUUCAGUCUUUAUGAAAUUAAAUUUUCAAUGAUGGGCAUACACUGUGUCAUUUUGGUUCUCUUUGCUAAAUAUUAAAUCUAUUCCUAAGAUUCAUAAAACAACAAGAAAAAAAAUCUUGCCUUGUUUGAUCACAAGUGAAUUUGAAAUUUUUUUUGUCUCUUUGGCUUAGAAUAAAUUAAGUAACAUUUUGAUUUAACUAAGAUUGUAGAGUGAUACUUCCCUUACAUGUCUCACUAACAACUUAUUAUUUCUGAAUUAAAGCCAUUUCACCUAAACACCUAAGAAACCUAAAGUCUAAAAAAAAUUAGAAUGCUCUACAGUUAACAAGGUUUUUUCAUAUGUAUGCCAAGUCCUAAAUCAAACUGGAAACAAUGGAAACAAAAACUUGCUCUAGUUCUGUCUGAAAAGCUCCCUUUUUACCUCGAGAUUAUUAAAUGUUUCCUUGUUCAUGCCAAAAUAGGUAAAUAUUCAUUUAGGGUGUUAACAGUUUCACUCUGAAGUGUGAAUUCAAAAAUCUGUCUCACAUGUACAUAUUUCAUUCUCUUAAUGUGAGGAGGAUGCCUUUAACAUACCAUCUUCAUCCAUAUAAAGACAGUUUGACAAGUAUUUGUUUAUUACACUACUAUAUAAUUGCCAGUACAUAUUCAUCACAGGUUUGCUGGGCUAAUAAUUAAAAAACAAGUUAAACUAAAUCUGUGGAAAUAAAUUUCUGAUGUCAUUUAAGUAAACACUUAUUGAAUGGCUUGCUCACUGGUCAGUAGUCGAAUUUAUUGCCAGGGGUCCAAACCAAGGGUCAAUUGUUUUAACUAUUGAAUGGCAAACCCUUCAAUAAGUGUAAAAUACAUGCUUGUACUCCAAGAUACUGCAUGUUUUCACCUGGAGAUUCAGCUUACAUGUGGGCACUGUAGCUGAUUCGAGAAUUACAAAAAAUAGCAUCAUUUCAGUUUUCUUGCAGAACAGCCUUUACAGGGAAUUUUAACACCAAGUCAUUUUUUUUUUUGAGAUAUUUCUUAUUUUUUGGAAGUUAGAUCUGGGCAGAUUUUGUAGGCGGUUGUUUUGCAUUGAAAGAUGAUGUGUUAACAUUGUGUGGAGGUGUUUAGUUUUCAUCCAUAGAGACAUGAAUAUUAUGUUGUUUUUCUUUUGUGUCAGUGUUGUUACAAAUGAAAUCUUUAUCCAUAUUUAUUUAUUCUAUACUCGAGUUCACAUGUUUUCAUAUCAGCUUUAUACAUUGUAAGGCUUUUAUUUAUUCAAGGCAUGCUUGUUGCUUAAAGUUUAAAAGACAUUAUGAUUCUCAUUACAAAGUUAACAUUAAAUAUUUUCAUCUGUAAAAUCUCUAUACUUUAACUACAUAUUCAAACUUUAAUACCUAGAAUAACAGAUUAAAAUUCAGAACUUGUAUAAUUUUAGUAUAAGGAACAUAUAUUAUUGUUUAUGAAGUUACCAUGUAUUAAUAAACAUAAAUCACUAACUAUCGAUAAGAAGAUUUUGAAUUUCGAAAUGUUUUGUUUCGGCUAUUUUCUCCCCUAUUAUAGGAUGCCUUACUGCAAUAUUUGAUUGACUAUACAGUUAUAGUUUUCGUAUCUUACUUUAAUGGCAACAUAAAUUAGUGUUGCCUUAUUAAACUUUUUUAUAAACAUGAUAUUGCUACGGGACUGAACAUGUAGAUUUUUUCUUGUAUGAACAUGUUUGGUGCAUGAAAUAAACAGUUGCCUUUAA